CUUUAGUCGUCGCGAAUUAAUAAUGGCCACCAUGCAUCAUGCGGUUGUCAAAAUUUUGAGGCGGUGGAGGGGGAUGCAUGGCCUCACUAGCUGUUGCGCUGUCUGAAUCCAAGACUGGAAAAAGCAUCACAACGAUACUGCCAAAUUGCCAUGGAAGGGGAGGCCAGGGCAGCUGUUGAGUUUCCAGCUGUGACCAUGAGCACCAUCUCACCGACUGAUUUUGAUAGCGUUGAGAUCCAGCAGCAGUACAAUGACAUCAACAACCGCUGGGACAUCGCAGCUGAAACAGAGUGGGAUAAUGAGAACAGUUCUGCACGUCUGUUUGAGCGUUCACGCAUUAAAGCUCUCGCAGAUGAGAGAGAAGCAGUGCAGAAGAAGACCUUUACAAAAUGGGUGAACUCUCACCUGGGCCGUGUGACCUGCAGGAUUGGUGACCUCUACACUGACCUCCGCGAUGGACGUAUGCUUAUCCGACUGCUGGAGGUCCUCUCUGGGGAACAACUGGUCAAACGUUGA